CUUAUAAAGUAGUCUCGAAGAUUUGUCAAAGAUUUAGUUGUGCCCAGAGCGUCGGUCCGAGAUAAUCGAUACAGGUCCUUCGAUUCAGCCAAAGCUUGAGGCGCAGCAAUGACUACGAGCAACGAAGAGGCACCGGUAGUGCCGAACCCGGAUUACGACAACGAUUCCGAUCCGCAAACUUCCAACAGACGUCCAAGCAACCAAACGGAAAUCCUUCCGGUGCAAGUUCAAAAACAGCUGCAGGACAAAAUGAACGGCACUGCUUCGCCUAGCCAAAUAAAAGCUUUUCCGCAGAAUAUAAUCGAAGAAGAGACGCAAGACGCUCAAACAGCUAAGAACGGAGCUACUCCGAGUACAGUUGUGACGCAAGACGCUCAAACAGCCAACAAGGAGGCCACUCCGACGAAAGUUGUCACGAUAUUAUCCAACGAUCCCAACAUCCAGAUCAGGGUGUUGCCGGAUGAGAACCAGCCGACGGACGAAAGCUCAACGAAGAUCAGGCCUGCAGCCGAGACAGAGGCCCAGGGCCAAUCGCUCGAAACCGAUGUAAACGGCAACGAGGACUCGAGCGUUAAUGGGGCAUCGAUCGUCGAGCAACCGUUGCGGGUUUCAUCCGGCCCGGCGGCGGUGGACAAGCUAACAGAGGACUUUGGUCAGCUGCUCGAAGCCGAGAUCGACACGGACGUGACGAUCCAGGUCGGCAGACACACUUUCCCAGCUCAUCGGCUCAUCCUCAAGGCCCGGUGUCCCGAGCUGCUGAGGACCGCCAGGGCUGCGGUCCCACUGAUGCCACCUCCGGUCCCCUCGGUCUCCGAUGCCUCAUCCACCUCCUCGUGCUGCAGUGGUCCGAGCAAACAGAAGGAGCGAUCUGCGAAACGUCAGCAGCAGAAGCAGCAGGAGGAGCCAAAGAAGCCGGUGGAGCCGCAGCUACUGUCGUACGUGAUCGAGCUGCCGAGUCCGCCGUUCACCGAAGACCUCGUCCGCGGCCUGCUGCGCUACAUCUACACGUCGAGGAUCGAGGUACUGGCCGGCAUCGUCGAGGAGCUGCUCGUCGUCGCCGGGGACCAUCGACUCUUCGAGCUCAAGGCCAGACUCGAGUGCCACCUCUGGGAGAACCUGGUCGACGACAACUGCCUCAGACUGCUGGUGUUCGCGGAUAAGGAGAGGAACCAGUGGGACUGUCGCAAGCUCAAGAGGAGAGCUUUGAAGUACAUCAAGGAUAGGAUCGAGCUGAUCAUCCUGAGGGAGGAGUUUAAGAAUUUAAAGAACGGACACUGCAAGCUUCUCGAGGAGGUCCUCAGGGCUGUCGUCUUCGGGGACGACUGGAUUGAAGGAGCGACGCAGAACAGUACAGCUAUUGGCUAUUGAAUCUGGCAAGGAGAAUAUAUUCGAUUAAAAGAACUUUUUCUAAGCGUCAACAUUUAAAAUAAGAUUCUGAGAUUACUUUGUUCGAAUUUCAAACUACAAACGUCCGUUGCGAAUAAAAUUAUUGCUUCGAUAUAAAACUAACUUCUCGAAUAUUUUAUCGUUAAACCUAAAUUUUACAUCUCUUUGAUUAGUCUAAAUUAGCAUCAGUCAUUUUUUAAGUUUUCGUCGAAAAGGACGUUACAGAUUUCACAAGACAGUCCAACUUAUCAUCCUAUUCUACA